CCGAGCGUGGCAACACACUCUCACGGCAAAACACGGUCGACCGUGUGCCGUGCUUAAAACGGGCGGACAAGGCCUUGCGUUCUGCGGAAGCAGUGCGAGGGAGGCGGCUGCCUUUCAAGCUCUUCCUUUGCAGCCAUGAACUGGCUGCCCUUCCGAUCAGAGGCUGAAGGCUCCAAUCAGGAAAGUUCCGAAGGAAAGACUGAGGCGAAGAGCCAUGUCAGCUCUGAGACGGUCCCACGCCCAAGGAAGGUCUACCGUGAACGGGUCUUGGUGCGCGUCUAUGACUUGGGACAGGCGAUGUUGACACGGGGCUACAACCAGCUCACCAAAGACUACGGAGCUUUCCACACGGGAGUCGAGGUCUAUGGCAAAGAGUGGAGUUUCGGUAUGACGCUGGACCAUUCUUCGGGCAUCAUCUGCCACGAACCAGCCCAGAACCCUGACCACACCUUUCGAGAGACGCUAUGCAUGGGCUAUACACGGUAUAGCCCUCGUGAGGUGGGCAAGAUUCUGGAAGACUUGAAACACGACUGGAGGGGCCGCGACUACCACGUGUUAACGAAGAACUGCCACCACUUCACAGAGGUCUUCUGUGCUCGCUUGGGGGUGGCUCGCUUACCCCCAUGGAUCAACACAUUGGCGGCCACCGGAGCCAAAACCUUGGACUAUUUGGAUAGCACCGACAGCGGCUACGAUGGCGGCGAAGCCAUCUUGAGCUUCUUCGACGGGCUGCGCGGCUCCGUCUUUGGCUUCUUCACUGAGGCCCAAAGCGCUGAGGCACCAGCCGCAACAGGCACUGGCCCACCCGAACGGAGAUAA